AUGUCUGAAACGAAAUUUCUCAAAAAAUCGAUGGGCUCCUUCGCCGACAACUUUAUCAUUCGCGCUCUACUGGACGACGUGGAUACAGUAUUCCAUUUAGCAGCAGUUGGAAUGACGGGACAACAUGCGCGAGACCGCUCAACAUGCAUGGAGGUCAAUUCGACGGGAACUAUGCAUUUGAUCAAUACUUGUAAAUCGAAAAAUGUGAAACGAUUCAUAUAUACAUCUUCUGUCGGCGUGAUUUUCACAGGAAAACCGCUGAUUGAUGCAAAAGAGUCGGAUAUACCGUACCCGCAAGAUUGGUACAACUACUACUGCGAAUCAAAGUGCCACGGCGAGCGGAUCGUUCGAGAAGCAUCGAAUGGAACAUUCAAAACUACAGUACUCCGAUUUAAUGGGAUUUAUGGUGUUGGCGAGAAACGAGUCACCGAGAGGGCAUUGGAUUUCAUAAAAUCUGGCUGGUGGAUCGCAAUGGCUAAAAGUGGAGGUGUUGAGGCGAUGACCCAAUUAUCAUCGGUCGAUAAUUGUGUCCAAGGCCUAAUUAAAGCGGAAUUGGCCCUUCGACACAGUGAUUCCGAACAUGGACAGGCCUAUCACAUAAUGGAUCGUGAGCAAUGCGGCACAUUCUCAUUCUGGGCUCCAUUGAAUCGUGCUCUUGGAUAUCCCGAUAAUAUGAUAGUGAUUCCUGGAUUCCUUUUCAGAAAAGCCGCAUUUUGGGCGGAAAUUAUCGCCGAUUAUUUCAAAUUUGACCCAUUUAUUAGUGUAUUGGAAGCGGAUUUAUUGCUCAUUAGCACUACUUUUAGCAUUGCCAGAGCACAAAGAGAAUUGGAUUACGAUCCCUAUCCAAGUGCGAUGCCGGAGAUUAUCGAUUUCUACACCGGCUCGCGAACCGAUUCAAAAGAAAAAUCGCAUCGAAAAUGGAAUUUCUGGAAAAAAAUCUGCUUGAGCAUCGCCAUUGUUUUAAUUGUCCUCCCCAUUUUGUACUUUUUGAUCUACCCAUUUUUACUAAUUUUUUUGUACUUGAAUAUUUGGAUUUUGAGCGUUUUUCUUGGUGUGAAUUUGUGA